CGUAAUGGUUUCUCCAUAGUGGCUGUGCAGCCGAAGUAAAGCCAUGGAUGGGCUGUACAGCCACAGUGCGUAUCUGCUGCAGGAGCUGCAGGAGCAGCGGAUUCAGGGCCUGCUGUGUGACUGCAUGCUGGUAGUGAAAGGUGUCUGUUUCAAAGCUCACAAAAACGUCCUCGCCGCUUUCAGCUCCUAUUUCAGGUCUCUGUUCCAGAACUCUCCCGCGCUAAAGAAUGACGUGUAUCACCUGGCCAUCCAGGACGUGGGUGGGAUUGGACAGAUUCUGGACUACAUGUACACGUCCCACCUGGAACUGAACCAGGACAACGCACACACGCUGCUGCAUAUUGCACAGUGUUUACAGGUGUCCAACAUCCUGAGCAUGUGCAAUGCAUACCUCAAGCCAAGUGCUGCAUCGAGUGACCCACCUCUCUCUCUCCCUACAUUGCUGUCCCAUGAGCAAGACUGUGUUUUGGGGAGCCCUUUGCCCCCUGAGCCUGACCACCACUGUCCCACCUCUGACCCCCACAAGCACCCACUUCUCCCAAAUCCAGAUGCUGAUCCCAUCCAAUACAAACGGCCCCAGCCAGCCCCACCCCCUGGCACCUCAGGCACACCUAAUAACAUGGUAGCGCUACCAGAGAGGCAGCCUCUGCAUGGUUAUAAGCUGAGAAACUUUUACAGUAAGCAGUAUUUCAAACAGAGCGCUGCCCAGAGCCUGAGCCAGACACACUGCCCUCUAGUGGUGGAGGAGCAGUAUAACAUCAAUCAGACCCUGCAGAAUACGCCCAUAAAUGUAGCCAAUCACAAUCUGCAGAACACUCUUACAAAUGUAGUCAGUCAGAAUCUGCAGAAUACUGCCACAAAUGUGGCCAAUCAGAAUCUGCAGAAUACAUCUGCAAAUGCAGCCAAUCAGACCCUACAGAAUGUGCCCACAAAUGUGCCCAGUCAAACCAUGCAGAAUACAAGUCCAGCCAACCAGUCAUUGCCAGCUAUAUCCUCUUCAGCAGCCAAUCAGUUGCUGCCACCCGGGCCUUCAGAUGCUGGAAGCACAGCUCUAUCUCACCCAGCCGAGCCAAUGACGUCACAGACCCCAACAUUUUGUGUCAACUCUACUGUGCCCACUUCCUCCUCUUGUCCUGAGGUCCUGAACCCACUGCCCUUGGCACCUACUGACCCCGGCACCCAUUUACCCCCUACAGGUGGUGAAAAAAGCCCCCCAGCCCCACGGGCCCUGCGACCUAAAAAGGCUGUGUACCUGAAGAAGUUUAACUACCUUCGCUCUCACCAUGUUCUAGAUGAGGAUGCAGAGCUGAACAAGGUGACUGACAGCUGCAAUGCAGAGACAGUCCAGCAGGUGGAGACACAAAGUCAGCCAGCCCAUGUCAGCUCAGAUAUGCCCCUGGAUGAUGGGGUUUCUGAGUCAGCGGAAGCACCUGAGCCCAGUUUGGCUCCCCAGCCACCCAGCCCCCCCACACCCCAGCCUGAACACUCCCGUUCGAAAAGCCAGAAAGAUGGGUCAGGGGUCACCACCAGUAGUAAUAAGUACUGUUGUGAAGUGUGUGGGAAAACCUUCAAACACCCCAGCAACCUGGAGCUGCACAAACGCUCACACACUGGUGAGAAACCAUUUCAGUGUAAUGUCUGUGGGAAAAGCUUCUCUCAGGCAGGAAACCUACAGACACAUCUCCGCCGACAUUCAGGAGAGAAGCCCUACAUCUGUGAGCUCUGUGGGAAAAGUUUUGCAGCAUCAGGUGAUGUUCAGCGUCACAUCAUCAUACACUCAGGAGCUCGACCUCACCUGUGUGACAUCUGUGGACGAGGCUUCAGUAAUUUCAGUAAUCUGAAGGAGCAUAAGAAGACUCACAGUUCGGAUAAAGAGUUCAUCUGCGAGCAGUGCGGCAAAUCCUUCAACAUGCAGAGAAAACUUCUUAAACAUACCAUGAGACACACUGGGGAAAAACCGUAUUGCUGCCAGACAUGCGGUAAGUGUUUUGCCGGGUCGGGCGAUCUCCAGCGCCAUGUGCGUUCACACACAGGUGAGCGUCCAUAUGUGUGUGACACGUGCGGAAAAGGAUUCACACGCACAGCAGUGCUGCGCCGACACCGAACCCACUGCAAGCCUGCAGCCAAUUCAGAUGCUAACACGCUCACACAGUCUCAAGAAGCAGAUACUAAUACGCUCACUCAGCCGCAUGGAGGUGACUCUCACACACUUGUCCAGCCGCACGGAGGUGACUCUAACAUCCAGCCGCAUGGAGGCACUAAUGCAUUCACACAGCCACACAAUGGAGACGCUAACACACUUACACAGCCACUCAUGGAGCCGCACACCACAGAUGCUAACAGGCUAACACAGCCACACACUGCAGAUGCUAGCAAAGUCACAGCCACACAAACAAAUAUUCCUCAGCCAUCCAAUCGGAAUAAGACUCAGCUACGCCCCCUUCCCCACACUGUCUCAACACUGCCCCCUUCAGGAACCUGCCGACCUGCCGUGCCCCUCUCUGAUCCUGCAUCCAGCACUCCUUUCCACUCACACUCCUCGCUCUCGGAGCUGCGCUCUGCUGUUCCACACCAUCUCCUAGCUCCGCCCCCUCUCACUAAGCCCCUCCCAACACCCCAGAAGGCUCCUCCUCCUGUAAAACCUACCCUCCACCCUGACCCUUCCUUCGGUUCUUCCGGUGAGGAGAACAGAACUCACGCCCUUUCUGUCUCCACGCUCCGACCCCAUCUGCUGGCUCCAGAGGCACAGUGCAGCCCCCCGCUGGCCAACCGUAGCAACAGCAGCAACAGUACGGCCAGCUCUCAGAUACACAGCACCCCAUACAGGAGCUCUGAGGGCUUCUGCUCUAGCGGUGCUCUUUGGGGACUGGCCAUGAAAACUCUCCAGAGUGAUGGCGACAUGGAUCAAUGA